GCAACACCUGCAACAAAACAGUUAAAACGAAAAAGCUCCAAGACACAAACACGAACGACGACAACGUCGAAACAACAGAGUUUCAAACGAAAAUGUUCCCCGAAUUCGAGAACUUCGGCAAUGAUAUCAGCGAACUAUUCGAGUGUUCCAACGCAACACCAAUUCGCUGCAGAGGCGGAAUUGGAUACAAGUGCUGUUUCUGCACCGAAGAAUACCCUGAUUCAGCAGAUCUUAAGAGGCAUAACAUGGAACAACACGAUAACACAACAAAGAGCGGUCUAAUUAAAGGAAAAUAUGUGUCAUCCUAUCUCGUGAAAUUAGAUAUAACGGGACUCCUCUGCACGCUCUGUAAACAAGGCAUGAAUACGGUAGACGAUCUCAUCGAUCACCUUAUAACCGUCCACGGGAAGUCUUUACAUAGAAAUAUAAAGAAUUACAUUCUACCAUUUAAAUUUGAAGGGGAAGAACUGAGAUGUAUCAUUUGCUACAGCCUGUUCAAUAGAUUCAAAGUUCUCCAAGAGCACAUGAGUACCCAUUUCAGGAAUUAUAUAUGCAACGAAUGCGACGCUGGAUUCGUCACGAGGACGAUACUCUUGAACCAUAUAAAAUGUCACCAGACCGGCUUAUUUAAGUGCGACCAUUGCACGAAAACGUACAAUACUAUGAGGAAGAAGAGAGCGCACGAGCGGCUCGUGCACAUUCAUGGGAGUAAAUUAAACAAAUGCGGUUAUUGCAACGAAAAAUUUGAUAGAUAUCAGAAGAGAGAGGAGCAUUUGGUGAAAGUCCACGGCGUCCGGUCAGUGACCUUCAAGUGUCAGGCGUGCGAUAAGAUGUUCGUGUCACAGCGUGCGCUGCGCGAUCACACGAAACGCGAUCACUUGAUGGAGAGACAGCACACGUGUACGGUUUGCGAUAUGAAGUUCUUCAGGCAGAGCGAAGUGACGAAACACAUGGUCAAACAUACUGGUGUUAGGAAGUUUCAAUGUGAGGUUUGUUUGAAGUCCUACGGACGGCGUAACACGCUUCGCGAACACAUGCGGAUCCAUACGAACGACAGACGAUUUAAAUGUGAACAUUGUGGUCAAGCAUUCGUGCAAAAGUGCAGCUGGCGUGGUCACAUGCGUGCGAAACACGGAGAGCAAGUGUAAUUUAAACAACAUAGUCACAUGGAUAUUUAGUGAAGGCUGCCUCGCAACACAACAAGAGGUUGUGGCGAUCUCCCUACGUAAAAGAUUUAUAAGAGACCUAAUUGUCCUCAUCAAUGGUCUUGGACUUGACCAUUAUCGGUGUUAUGCUAUCAACACUCAGCGCUCGUGUUCUUCACGUGGCAGACACUAAACAAAUACGCAGGAUUAAUAAGUGUUUUUCAGGGUUGAUAUUUCGAACAUUUGUAUAUUAUAGACGAUGUAAUUCUUAGAUGAUGGAAUUCAUCACCCAGUUCAUGUUAAGUCAACGAUAUACCAGAUGUCUUUGAGUGUGUGCGAAAAUUAAAAGCAAAGACAGCAAAAGAAUACAAAUUUGUUUAUGUGUUAAGUUGAUUUAUUUAAAAAAUAACUAAUUUAACGUCUUCGUGAGUGAUAAUUCUAUAGAUAUGCGUCAGAAAUAUUAUUGGCAAAAGAAUUUUAGCUUUAGGUUGAUGGACGAAGUAAAUAGAUAACGAUAACGUCCAUACAAGAGUUUAUUAAGAUGAAUUAAAUAUGUGUUUUAAUAAUGAAACAAGGCGCAAUACCAACAGCUCGAUGUAUCUUCCAAAACUUCUCAAUUUACUACCACAACGCUGAGAUUUUUUGGCAGAACUCAAUGAGUUUUAAUGGUCCG